AUGGCUCCGUGGGGACUCCCGGGGUCCGCCGUCCUCGCCGCUGCUCUCUUGGUGGGAGGCGCCGCGAGCUCGCCGCUGGUGGGACCGGACAAUGGUGGCAGCCAUCCACUUCACUCCAGAACAGAGACGACGCCGUCGCCCACCAACAAUGCCGAGAAUGGAAACACAAAAUAUAUCGCGUAUGCACUUGUCCCUGUGUUCUUUAUCAUGGGUCUGUUUGGCGUCCUCAUCUGCCACCUGCUUAAGAAGAAAGGGUAUCGUUGUACGACAGAAGCCGAACAAGAGGUCGAAGAAGAAAAGGUUGAAAAGAUAGAAUUGAAUGACAGCAUAAAUGAAAACAGUGACACAGUUGGGCAGAUUGUCCACUAUAUCAUGAAAAAUGAAGCAAAUGCUGAUGUUUUAAAGGCAAUGGUAGCAGAUAACAGCAUCAGUGAUCUUGAAAGCCCUGUGACCCCCAGCACUCCUGGCAGUCCACCUGUGAGUCCUGGGCCCUUGUCACCAGGAGGCACACCAGGAAAGCAUAUCUGUGGCCACCAUCUGCACACAGUAGGCGGUGCUGUCGAGAGGGAUGUGUGUCAUCGGUGUAGGCACAAGCGGUGGCACUUCAUAAAACCCACCAACAAGUCCAAAGAGGGCCGACCAAGACGCCAAGGAGAGGUCACCGUCCUCUCUGUUGGGAGGUUUAGAGUUACAAAAGUGGAACACAAGUCAAAUCAGAAGGAGCGGCGAAGUUUGAUGUCUGUUAGUGGGACCGAAAGUGUCAAUGGGGAGGUGCCUGUGACGCCUGUGAAGAGAGAACAGAGUGACACAGAGUAG